ACGCAGGAAUGCCCACAUGCAGGAACGUAGUAUAUAUUAUCUUUAGAAGUGAAACAGGAAGUCUGUCAGAAACUUGAGACAUGCUACACAAGGCUACACUUCAAAAUCAUGGGCAAACUGUCAAUCUUUUUGUUUGUUCUUUCAUUUUACACCAUUGUCAACGCAGGUUCAGGAUCACAUUCUCUGUGGGCACUUGCAACAUACAUAAUCGGAGAGACGCCUUUCCCUGAGUUUACAGUUGUGUUGAUGUUGGAUGAUGUUCAAAUAGGUUACUAUGACUCCAACAUGAAACUGUCUGUCUACAGGGGUUACCAUAUUACAGACAAAAUGAAUGACGAAGCUCAGGAUGGAACUUAUGUACUUGGAACUAUGUACCACCACAUGAAAGAGAGAUCAUUUCGCCUAAAGCACCACUUAAAUCUCACGGAAGGUGUUCACGUUCAGCAGAGAAUCGGUGGCUGUGAGAUACUGCACAAUGGUGAACCGGCCCUGAUCAUGACAAAGAACUCUUUUAAUGGAAUUUUUGCAGAUUAUGCGGUAUAUUACAACAUGACACAUUUUACAUAUGAUUCUGGGCAACUACUACUAGGAUAUAAUUGGAUGAGGCAAGCAACUGAAAGAACACUUUAUGCUAAUGUUUGGCUUCCUAUUUGCAUCAACACACUGAAAAAAUGGCUGAACAGAGAAAAUAACUUUGUGAUGCGGAGAGUGCCUCCCAGACUCCGGUUGAUAAAGAAAGAGGUUUCUGGAGACCUCCAGGUGAUCUGCCUGGCGUUUGGUUUCUACCCCCGCCACAUAAACUUGACCCUGCUGAGAGAUGGCCAUCCAGUGGCAGAACAGGAUCUGACAGGGGGGGAGGUUCUGCCUAGUGGAGACGGGACCUACCAGCUGAGGAAGAGUAUUUAUGUCAGUACUGAGGAGCUAAGGGAGAAACACAACUACACCUGCACUGCCUCUCACCUCAGUCUGAACAACAAGCUGGAUGUCAGUUGGGAGUCUGGGGCAGAGAGAGUUCACCUAUUCAUCCUCUCAGGUCCACUGGUGAUGGCGCUGAUUGUUAUUCUGUUCUGCAUUUUAAUUUGCCUCGCAAGGAGGAUACGCGCCGCAUCGCAGAAUUUGCAACUAGUCAGCGUUGAUGCAUUAGAGGCAGAUGAAAGGAACCUGUCAUCAGAUUCUGAGAUCUAAUAUUUUUUGGGGACACUGAUGCAACUUUGUCAAUUCACAAUGACACCUAUGACUAUGAGAGCAGACACAAAAUAUGCCAAUCAUUAUUUUAUUAUUGGUUGAUUUCCCAACCCCACAACAAACAACUAUUAAAGGAUCAAGUUGUGGAGACUGUUGACAAUUACAAAUAUCUGGGCAUUGGUCCAGAUUUGCAUGUAUAUAUUUUACAUUAACAAAAGUAAUCUUUUAAUCAUUUAUUUCAAAUCAUGACUUUUCAUUAAUUACACAAUACACUUUAUAUCUGUGUUGUAUUUGCUGAUAUCCAGUAUCUAAACCAGGAGACAGUGGUGUGUAUUUAUGGGUGCCAAGGGAAGCUGGGCUUCCCCAAAGAAUUUACAAAGAAAAAAACAUUAAAUCAUUUAUAUUUCGUC